UGGGGGAACACGCUCGGUCCGUGGUCGCGCCCUGCCCGAUUCCUGCGCUCUCCUCCGCAGGGCUGUGGGCACAGCUGAGGCUGGAGGAGGCCGGCGGAGGGCAUCGAGCGCCCGGGGAGUCCGUGCUCCUCUCCUGCCGCGGGUCCGGCUUCACCUUCGAGAAUCAUUAUGUUCGCUGGUACCGUCAGGCACCCGGAGUGGGGGUCGAGUGGGUGUCCUGGAUAAGCCAUUACUCAUCACAGAUUCAGUUUGGGCCAGCAGUGGAGGGUCGAGCCACAGCCUCCCGAGACAAUUCCCGCUCUGAGGCAUCUCUCAACCUGCACCUCCUGCACGCUGGGGACUCUGCCCGCUACUUCUGUGCUGUUUGCACAGAGAUACGAAAUCCGCUGAGCUUGAACACAAAUCACCUGUCAGUGUCCCAGCCUCGGAGCUGGAAGGGGCUGUGUCCCACAGAUGUGCAGGGUGGCCUUUCCCAAGUGCAGACAAAGGCCUCAGGCCCCACAGGAGGGAAGAUGUCAGAGUCUGUCUCGCUUACCUGUCACAUCUCUGGUGUCCCCAUCACCAACAGCAGCUACGCAUGGGACUGGAUCCGGCAGACUCCUGGCAAAGAGCUGCAGCACAUAGUAACUGCUGCUCUUGUCUUUGGGAAAGGAACUCAACUGACCGUGGAGCCAAGCAGUCCAAAACAUUCUGUCCCACAAGUCGUUGUGAUGAAAUCAAAGAAACUGGAAGAAGGAGGCAGCACUGGGAAAGCAGCUUGUUUGGCAAGGAAUUUCAGUACAAAGAACAUCAGCUUGGAGAUGUCCUCUGAUGAGGUCGUGUAUGAACAGAGCACACCCAUUCUGGCGUCAGAGGGGCUGUACAGUGCUAUGAAGGUGGUCAGUGUGACAAAAGACACAGAGGUGACCUGUAAGGCCCAUUUGGACAUUGGUACCAUUACAGCAUUGUCAGAAAAGGAGGCUGAAGAACCAGUAACGAGGACCAGUAACAGGGUUUGCAACAGCACAGACACCUCUGCCCAAGGUACCACAGUGCAGAGAGUGAACAUGCUGUCUGUGGCUGUGCUGGGUUUGAGAGUCCUGCUGGCAAAAAGCAUCGCCUUCAAUACACUCAUGAGUAUCAAGUUGGUUCUUUUCUGAGACACGUGGACCUGAAGAACUGCAGGAAAGAACGUGAACCAGCAGCACGACGGGCUGGACAAGCAGUGUCACAUCUGCUGACAGUGAGCACCCAGAACACAACACAGCCCCUUCCCCUUUAGACGUUUGAUGCUGUUCAAUCCUGCCCAGCCAGUUCAUUUAGAUUUAAGAGUCGUAACUGCUUUUGCUAUUUCUUUUUCUCUGUGCACUGAGGAGAGUGCAUUUCUCCUCAUCCUCCUGCUGAGUAGAUCUCCCCACUGUUCUGGCAUUUACACAGGAAUGUCCAACCUGCAUCAACAGUUGUAGAAAAACCCAAUCCUCACUAUUGAUACAUAUAGAUAUAUAGAGAGCUAUAUAAUGUUUUAAAUCAGCUUUCACAGACAUGUUGUGUUACUGUCUGUAGAACUGGUGUGUUACUGCAGAGACAAUUCAGGCACAAUAGUUGCCAUUUAUAGCUUUGGUUUUUAGGCAGCUUUAUUAACAAUAAUUUCCUAUCAUGGCUGAGAAGUGAUCCAAUUCAAACAGAUAAUGUUCAACCGUAGAAGCAUUUCUUUCUUAAACCUGUAUUUCUUCUGCAAAAUGUAUCCCACAUGCAUUUUAGUUUCCUGUAGUAGUGACAAAAAUAAAAUUUUCCUUGACCAAAA